UUUUUUUUUUAAAAUUUUUUCAGCUCGUGUAGGGCAUAGAAGAUUGUAGGCGCAAAAUUGACUAAUUCUGGAGAUUGCCAAACUGGUGUAUUGCGACUUGCCAAGCAGAACAAGAAGCGUCGCAACGAUAAAGAGAACAGGAAAAGAGGUGACGAAACCGUAAAAUGGCGAUUGCAACUUCAUCUUCUUCCUUGUUAAAGACUCUUCUAGAUCCAAAGAAGAAUUUCUUAGCUGCUAUGCACAAGACCUCCAUGGACAAACGUCUUCGCAAAUACGGUCUUAGAUUCGACGAUUUAUAUGAUCCAAUGGAAGAUCUUGAUAUCAAGGAAGCCCUAAAUCGGCUUCCUCGUGAGAUUGUCGAUGCUCGUAAUCAGCGUCUUAAGCGCGCUAUUGAUCUUUCUAUGAAGCAUGAGUAUCUUCCUGAUGAUCUCCAGGCUAUGCAAACACCCUUCAGGAGCUAUGUUCAAGACAUGUUGGCACUUGUGAAGCGUGAGAGAGAAGAACGUGAAGCUUUGGGCGCAUUACCUUUGUACCAACGAUCAAUUCCUUAAGCUCCACUGUGAACUGUGUUUCAUAUAGAAUUUUUGAGGGUAAUUUGCCAACCCUUACGGAGGGUAAUUAGCGUAGCAGCGAGAGGCUUUUACUUAUUUCUCUCCUUUGUGCUCAUUUCUUGUUUUUACCGAGAAUUUACUGUUGCUAAGGCAUUGUUUUGGAUUAAAUGAUGUUGAAUUUGCUAAAUAAUUACUUGAAUGAUGUUUCUUGAACUUCGCUAA